AUGGACAUUCGCGACAAUCCCAGUCUGGAACAGAUCGAAAUGCGCGACCCCGUGCAUCUCUGCUGCCUUGCCCUUGCAUCUAAGCUUGGGAGCGAUAAGCUAGCCUACCCGGACAGCUCAGCAUAUAACGGAUCGCUAGCGUCAUACUAUUCGCUACAGCAAGAAACAAUUCGUCCGGCAUGCAUUCUCUUUCCUCGGACGGUCCACGAAGUCUCAAAUGCGGUGCAAAUCUUAUCGAAAAAUACAGCAUACGGCUGCUGUGACUUUGCUAUCAGAUCCGGGGGGCACACUAGUUGGGCAGGUGCCUCCAACAUUGCUGGCGGCGUGACGCUGGAUCUACGAGGGCUCGAUAGCGUGGACGUAAAAGAAAAUGGUGCUAUGGUCCAAGUCGGCACUGGAGCUACCUGGGAUGCUGUCUAUACAAAGCUUGAUCCUCUUGGACGCAGCGUGGCGGGCGGCCGUGUAGCUGGUGUUGGCGUAGGUGGAUUGACCCUUGGCGGCGGCAUCUCGCACUUGUCAACCCUACACGGUUGGACCUGCGAUACUGUGCGUAACUUCCAGGUUGUUUUGAGCAAUGGGGCAAUAGUUGAUGCUAAUGCUGAUGAAAAUGCGGAUCUAUUCUUCGCGCUGCGCGGUGGCGGAAACAACUUUGGCGUCGUCACACGCAUCGACCUGAACACCUAUGAACAGGGUCCGAUUUGGAGUGGGUUCUCACUAUCAGAAACGACUGUACUUGAUGCCAACAUCAAGGAGUUUGUAAGAAUUAGCACAGCAAAAGACUACGAUCAACACGCCUCGUUCAUGUUGUCGUUUGCGUAUGUUGGACCCUUGGGUGGAUCAUUACUUGCCAACACUCUCACAUAUACUAAGGGAGUGGAGAACCCACCCAUCUACGAAAGAAUCCUGGCAUUACCGACAUUGAUGUCCUCUUCGGGCAUAAAGAAUAUCACAGCCGCCUCCGACGACCUCGCCGCCUUGGUGCCACACGGGGCAAGUACCCAAUACCGAACCCGUACAAUCAUCUCCACCGAGCCUGUGCUUCACGCCAUACAUGCCAUUUGGGAAGAAUCUCUGUUGACUUCCGGUAAGAUAUCGGGAAUCUCAGGGAGCAUCUCAUUUGAACCUAUACCUCCGGUUAUGUACGAACGCCACGCAGCCGACAAUGCGCUCGGCCUGGCCGACCGGGAUGGUGCCGCGCUACUCGUGGUGUUACUAGAUAUCAGAUGGGAUAACGCUUCUGAUGAUGAACUCGUUCUUUCCACUUGCAAGUCCGUCAUGGAUGAUGUGAGUGGCCCACGUUUCAUUGCUCCACGCUUCAUCCCCAUCCUCACGUCGUAA